GCAAAAAGCUGCACUGCAUUACGUUGGCGGGUAGAUGUUGUGUAAUCAGCGACAUUAAUGAGCCAAACGCUUUUCACACAUGUUUCUCUAGCGUUUGUACAAAUGGGCCGUGAGGCUAGCAGCAUCUGAUUUCAUCGUCGAUGUUUAUGCAAGGUUAACCAACAAACCAAAGCCAAUGUGCAAUUCAAUGGCGUAAUAGAUACUCAGUUGUGCUCCAUGACGGCCAUUUUUAUAUGCUGCAGUCUGCAGACACCGUAGAGCCUGCUGACUGUCCCGAAUCACGUAUCACCGAUCGCAUUGCCGUCCAUUGUCUGAUGGCUAAUCCAGUCUCAAGUCUGCUUUACAAUUAGUUCUGUCCAGUUGUUUUUUUGCUUCGACAAUCUGCCAUCUGGAAAGCCGUGACAACCCACAUUCGUCGAGUUGCAGUGUUGUGCUGAAGAGCGCAGCUGCUAGUUGGGACGAAUUGUGGUUGCUCCUGUUUUGUUCCCCCUGGCUGCCAUCAUGCCUGACGUUCCCAUGAUCAAGGAUUUCGAUCUUUUUGAUCCGAAGACGGAUGCUGAUCUGAUACAAAUGGCGCUGCAGAGCCGUAUGCAUGGUUCCUGGGAGAUCCUCGUUAUUGACAUUCUUACCCAUCGUUCCAACCGACAACGCCAGCAGAUAGUCCUAGCGUAUGCCGAAACCUAUGGCCAGGAUCUGGUGGAAGUGUUAAAGAAUGAAUUAGGCAGCCAGAUGGAAGAUGUCGUAACAGCAAUGUUUCUCACACCGGAUGUUUAUGACGCUGUAGCAUUGCAUGAAGCACUAGAGGGAAAUGUGCUCGACGAAGAAGCCCUGAUUGAAAUCAUUUUUACCCGGACCAAUCCCGAGCUGUUAGCACUGCGGGAUGCUUAUGCUACCCUCUAUGAUCGGGAUUUGGUGGAAGAUUUUACCUGUAAAAGCAGUGGUGAUUUUCAACGAUUGCUGCUGGCCAUCGCACUAGGAAUUCGGGAUGAGGUGGACGAGGCAGCUGAUCCCAUUCAGAUUCUGGAUCAAGCAAAAUUGGAAGCCCAGCUGCUGUACGAGCCAAUCGCAGAGAAGUUACCUACCAGUCAAUUUGCCAGUACCUUUAUCAUUAUUCUCGCCAAUCCUUCCUUUCCGCAACUACGUAUUACGCUAAGUGAAUUUGAGAAGCUAGUAAAGAUGGACACGGAGCGUAUCAUUAAUCGAUCUCUUAAUGGAAAUCUCGCCUUGGCAUUAUUAGCGCUUGUUCGUAUAACCAAAAACAAAGAAGGAUUCUUCGCUGAACAAUUAUAUCGCGCCCUGCAAGGCUUCGGUCGUGAUGACAAGCGUUUAAUUCGUCUGGUCGUGUCGCGCAGUGAGAAAGAUUUAGCCAGUAUAAAAACGGAAUUCGAAAAACAGUAUAAAAUUGGAUUGGACACGGUUAUCACCGGUGAUAAUUCAUACGGUUACCGAUCGGUGUUGGCAUCAAUCGUUCGCGGAUAAAUUGGGAUCCCUUUUUUGUCGCUUCUCUGUCACUGUUUUUCGAUUUAAGAUUUUCUCCUGAGGAAGCAAAAGCACUGAACGUUGGGUGAUUGCUUGUUUCCGGUGUUAAGUACCGUAGAAUUUUAUGUUCUGGCGGCACUGCCUGUUGUCAGAUCGCUUUGUUAACUCGAAGUAGUAUUUUUAAUUUUUUUAGAAUUCAGUGUUUUCACUUUUCAUCCUUUGCUUAUUUUUCAACUUUGAUGGGUUUGUUCGCGUUCGAUUGCAAUAAAAACUACAAUGGUCG